AUGUAUAAAGAUCUCCUGUUGGGCGUCUUAAUAAUAUGCUUUUCCGUUUUCAAUGAAUCAAAAAUAGUUAAAGAAAAUUUGGACAUUCCAAAUUAUCAAAAUGAUAAUAGAUAUGUAUUACUUGAUAAGAACAAUGUUAGUGAUUUCAUUCAAUUAAAAGAAAACAGUUUCUUAUUUAAUGCCACCUGUAAAGCAUCAGAUAUUUUAAGUACCAUUACGGACUUUUUUCCAAAUAUCAAAUUAUUCACAGGUUGGGUAAAGAGGUUUGAAUUGAAUAAUGUUAAUUCAUACGAUAAUGAUUUUAUUGAGAAAGUAUUAGAGCAUACGUGGGAUUCAGAAAAUAAGGAGUUUAUUGUCACAAUAAAAAAUAUUAUUAAAAAAUACACAGGGAAUGAUUCAUUUAUUUUACAAAUUGGAUUAAAUAGUAUUGCACCAUUAAUUUUAGAAACACCAGAAAAUGUUAUAUAUAUAGAAGAAGAUUCUGAAAUAUGCAAAAAUUUUUUUCUUUAUAAAAAAAAUAGAUGUUUAUUGAAAUUAAAAAGACCAGAAUUUUAUUGUAAAAUACAAGAUGAUAUCUCUAUGAGCAGUAAUAAUAGAAAAAACGGUAUUAGUGAUGGGAAAAAUAAAGAAGAUAUAUAUGAAACAUUAGAUUUAAUUACUAAAAUAUAUCAAAAUAAAAAUAGUAAAGUUAUAGAUAUUUUAAUUAUAAGCAAUAAAUAUCCAAUUGCUUUGUUAUAUUAUAUAUACCCAUAUUUAGAUUCUUCAACAGUUGUUAUUUUAAUGGAUAAUAUAAACCACAAAAUGAAGAACGCCAUUUUUCAAUAUUAUAAUUUCAUAGGAGAGGCAGAUUUUUCCAGAGUUUUCGAACAUAAUCUUUUCACUACUUACAAAAGUUCUAGUGACAUAAAGGAGAAAACCCACAAUAUAUAUGAAAAUGAUGAACAUGUAUAUAUUUAUAAUAAAAUGAAAAAAUCGCCAUUUUAUAUCAUGGCAUUAAAUCCUAAAAUAAAGAUGAACCCACCAGAAGAACAAUAUAAACGUUUUAUUUCAAAUGAAUAUGCAUCUUCUUAUGAGACUGAAAUUAGUCGUAUGUUAAAAGAAAUAAAAAAGACACUAAAAAUGAAUAAAGAAUUAUAUGAAAAAUAUAAAUUACUUUUAAAUAAUUAUUUUUCUACUAUUAAUGAAUUUGAAUUUGAUAAUAAUGCCGAAAUUAAAAAAAAUGUAAAUGAUUCUUUGACUUCAAUUAUAAAAUCUUUUGCAAACUCUAGUGAUAUAAAUAAUGAUAAUUAUAAAUAUACUUUAGAUGCAUUAAAAAAUAUAUUUAAUACUAUGUUGUUUAAUGAAUAUGAAAAAUCACAAUUUAAACAUUUGUUUACACCACUUAUAGAUUUUUUUAAGUUAUAUUUAAAUACAAAUGAUUCUAAUUAUAUUAUAUAUGAAUUCCUUCUUUAUGGCUUAAUUACAAAUUCGCAUGGCAUUUCAUCAUAUGAAUCAAAAGAAUUAUUAUUUUUAGAAGUUUUAAGAGAUGUUUCUAAACAGAUGAAUACAUUAUCAAUAAAUGAAGUAAUUGGUGUUGUUACAAAAUUAAACAUUCUCCUUAAAAAACUUAGAUCAAGAGAUGGCAUGGAGCCUGUAGAAAAAUUUAUAAAGGAAAACUUUGGUUUUGAUUAUUCGAACCAAGAAUUAUAG